AUGCGCUUGUCUUCGCAGUCUGAUGGUGAUGAAGCGACUGGAAAAGGUUUAUUACCUUCACGAAGGAUAUUUUCAUCAUUGUUGUCACGAUCAACUAGCAGCCGGCAUCGUAAGAAAAGGCAAUCACAAAAACAACUUUCAUUCGAUGUGGGCUUAUCAAAUCACCAAAAGAGAAAAUCGAGCAAAAAACAAUCAAAAUAUCGAUCACUUCGUUCGAUGCUUUACGGCCUGAAUAUGAAACAGGAAAAGGAAGAAGCUCAGCGAAUGAAAUUACUGAAACAAGAAAAAGAAAAAUGGGGUGUUAGAAAAAAAAUAAGCUGCGAAGAAGUUGAUAAAGAAGGGUUGACGGAGAAAAGGACAAAGAGAAGUUCAGUAAUGAUGAUAAGUGGAGAUAAGGGCAGUGAUGAGGAUGAUGGUGAUGCUAAUGAUGUGAUAACAGAAACUGUGUAG